UACCUCCAGAACCUCCUCUUCUUCGACCUGGGCUACGACAACAACCUGCAGGCCGACAGCCCGCUGGUGGAGGAGCGCAUCCGGGAGGUCGACCGCCGCUUCCACCUCGUCAUGCUGCUCGAGCACUUCGACGAGUCGCUGGUGCUGCUGAAGGACCUGCUGUGCUGGCAGCUGGAGGACGUCCUCUACUUCAAGCUCAACGCCCGGAAGGGCUCCACCGUCUCCCGGCUGACGCCUGAGCUCUACGAGAAGGCCACCUCCUGGAACCUCAUCGACGCCAAGCUCUACCGCUAUUUCAAUGCCACCUUCUGGCGCAAGGUGGAGGCCUACGGGAGGGAGCGGAUGGCCAGGGACGUGGCCGAGCUGCGGCGGGAGAACGAGAGGAUGAAGAGCAUCUGCAUCGACGGCGGGCACCCCGUGGACGCCAGCGCCAUCCAGGAGUCCUCCAUGAAGCCCUGGCAGCCGCCGUUGGGGGAGAGCUCCAUCCUGGGCUACAACCUGAAGAAGAAAAUCCACAAGAAGCACCAGAAGCUGUGCCGCAAGAUGCUGACGCCCGAAAUCCAGUACCUGACCGACUUGGGGGCCAACCUCUGGAUCACCAAGCUGUGGAGCCGCGUGCGGGACUUCCUGCGGUGGUAG